AUGUCGGCUAAAGAUCCUUGGGCUAAAGAAAUAAAAAUUAAAGCGAUCACAGCCAAAGGUGUUACUUCUACAAAUCUUCGAAUGGAGUAUCCUUGGAACCCUAAGAGGUGUGACCAUUGCAAAAUUUUUGGGCAUGACCUUACCACAUGCCCCAUUCACACGACUAGUACUCCAUCUCCAAAGUCGACAUUGCCCACCCUAAAAGAGAUUGAUAAUCAAGGAUUCCAAACAGUCAAGAGGAGAACUAGAUCAGUUCCAAUUCCAAAAAAGAAGACCCCCAUUGACAACCGUAAAGGAAAAGGCCCGGCUUUACAGAUUUCUCAAGUAUAUAAACCAGUUAACCGUGCAAAGCCAAAGGAAAAAGUCUCCACUAACAUGUUUGAUGCUUUAUCUCACCAAAGAGUGGUUGAUACUGAAGAUGAUUCGUGUGCCCCUCCUGUUAUGCAUUCGAAAGAUACCCACCCAGCAUCAUACGCACUUCUGAGCUCUUCUCAUGGUGGUUGUAUCCCCUCCCCAAUUGAUCAGGGAUGA